AUGUCAUCAACGCCGUCUUUGUUGGACCUAGCUGAUACUGAUCAACCUCCACCUUCCCUCCUACAUUUGGAAAAUGAUCCAGGUGUUGUUCCUGCUGAAGACACAGACAAGAUAGUUAGGUCCUUGCUCAUUGGUGUUACACGAGGGGCUUUGUCUGCUGGAGAAUUGCCAAACAAUUACGUACAUUCCGAGGUGAAAGACUUGGUUCAAGAUGCCGAUAGUGCGAUCGCACGGUGCAUUCUUUUCCCUCCGGAAUUAAAUGCGCUCAAUCUGUAUCGCAAUUGUGACUCAUACACUAUAGAGAACAAUCCAGAACCAUGGAUAGCCCUUGAGAUAUGGUCAAAGUUUCCCGCUCAACAGACAGCCAUUCGGGACCUCUGGAAGUGCAAAACAGAUUUGACCAGACGUCAUUACUCACUGCUGAGUCACUCAUAUAGAGUCUUGUGGGCAACCGUAAGAUACUUGGACGAAGUGGAUUGUGUUGCAUACGAGGCUUCGGACAUGAAUAUGGAAUGUCUGGGAAAUGCCCUUCGUGAACUGAUAUCUUCUAGUAAGCAGGAGCCAGAACUGAUAGGCAAUGAUACCAUUGGCAAGAUGGAGGAGCUCUGGCACGAGCGGGAGGGAACCAAGUACGAAAAUGCAACUUUGAAGCAUAUUGGAACGGCCCUGAGGAGUGUGCUCAGCCAAUCCAAUGAAGGGGCUUCUUUUGUUGCCCAAACUCUGGACAGGGAGCCUGAUGAGAGUGAUGAGAACAUGUCUUGGCUCUGCCUCCUACCUGCAGAUGGGAAACUGUCAGAAUCCCAACAUUGGGAGGCUCUCCAGUACAAUCCUCCUGUUUAUGGACUUUCAUUAUCAGAACAUCCCUAG